AUGGCCACACCCACCCCUCCAGCAAUUCUCCAACCACCCCACUUGCAGCAGCAACCGUCGCCCCAGGUUCUCUCCCACGUACGGCUGCCUUCUCCCCCCACCACCUCCCCCCUCCGCUCGUCCCCCCUCCUUUCCACGCCGACCCUCCUCCUCCGAUCACCGGAGCUCCACAAACGGAUCAACAAGCUCGUCGAGUACUCCGCCAAGAACGGACCUGACUUCAAAGCCAUGAUUCGAGAGAAGCAGCAGGAUAAUCCGGACUACGCUUUCCUCUCUGGCGGUGAAGGCCACGGCUAUUACCGUUACAAGCUCUAUGCCUCCACUCGGGUCGGGUCCUUCAACCCGAACCCGCAAUUCGCUCCCCGCAUGGUUCGUCCACAAGCUCUCUGUCUCCACUUGAAAUUGAUGACGGUGUAG